ACCCCCGCCUCCCCUACACAACAGGUCCCAGCCGCCGCCUCAUGCUCCCCAGCGCCUCAUCCCCUCGGAGAGGGCGGCCGUGCGGAAGGGACGUUGGGGAACGGAGAGGACAGGGAGGCUUCGCAGCCGGUGGGAGAUCUCUGCGGAACUUCUCCCGCCCGUCACCAUCCUCGCCUCCCGCCUCACGGCCGCCGCGGGCGGUCGCACGCUGCGGCAGCGCAGGCUCUCGCUCACGGCCCGCGGCGGUGCCGGGUCCCCCCCCGCAUCCUGCCCCCGCCCCGGCGCACAGGAGCGGCUUCCCGCCGGCGUCUCUGGUUCGGCUGGGCUUUCGGCCGGAGCAAGUGUGGAGGUGUUGUACGGGCAAGACUUAAAACAACAGGGGACCUAAUUUGCUGAGAUGACACAUCACCUUACAUAUAUAGAACAUCUGUUACCAUGCUUCAUGGCAGAAUCUGCUUGACUGUGCUGGAAGCAUUAUCAGACAAAAUAUGUAAGUGAUUAAAUAAACACGAACUAGCAAACUGUA